AUGGCUACAGCUAGCAAGGACCAGACGGCCAAGCCGAGUGCUCUGCGCUCCGUUCUCGCUGGAUCUACUGCUGGAGCUGUGGAGAUUGGUAAGGAUCCCAGCCUGUCUAUCACCUACCCAGCUGAGUUCGCAAAGACCCGCACACAACUGAAUCGCCGACUCCCCGAUGGCCAGAAACUACCAUGGCCGCCAUUCGGCGCGCAAUGGUACGCUGGAUGCACAACAUUGAUUAUUGGAAACUCCCUGAAAGCUGGAAUUCGAUUUGUUGCGUUCGACGCUAUCAAAGCCUCUCUGUCAGAUGAAAACGGCAAAAUCUCAGGACCAAGGACAGUCAUAGCUGGUUUUGGCGCAGGCUUCACUGAGUCUUUGCUUGCUGUCACUCCCUUCGAGAGUAUUAAGACUCAAAUAAUUGACGACCGCAAAUCCGCAAAGCCCCGGAUGAACGGUUUCUUGCAUGGCAGCAAGCUUAUUUGGCAGGAGAGAGGUAUCCGAGGUUUCUUCCAGGGCUUCGUACCCACGACGGCACGGCAGGCAGCCAAUUCGGCCACGCGAUUCACUGCCUAUACUACCUUGAAGCAGUUUGCAGAGGGCUAUGUGGCCCCAGGAGAGAAACUCGGGACACUCAGCACAUUCGCCAUUGGAGGAGUUGCCGGUAUAAUUACCGUUUAUGUGACUCAACCGCUGGAUACAGUGAAAACGCGAAUGCAAUCCAUUGAGGCCAGUAAGAACUAUCGGAACAGCUUUGCCUGUGCUGCAAGCAUUUUCAAGAAUGAAGGCUUCUUCACCUUGUGGUCCGGCGCCAUGCCCCGACUGGCUCGGCUGAUUCUGAGCGGAGGCAUUGUGUUUACCAUGUACGAAAAAUCAAUUGAGCUUUUUGACGUCUUGGAUCCCCAGCGAAAGUACAUAUAA